AUGUCUGGCGGCCAAGAAAAGUCUCCUAUUGCCAUCAUUGGCAUGUCAUGCCGCGUUGCCGGCGCCGACAGCCCGUCCCAACUUUGGGAUGUUUUGGCUUCGUCCAAAGAUGUGCAGUCGCGCACCGAGCGGUUUAAUUCGGCAGGCUUUUAUCGACCAGACGGAUCCAAGAAAAAGGGCGUCACCAACGUCGACCGGGGUUACUUUAUGCAGGGAGAUGUCAGCCGAUUUGACAACCUGUUCUUCUCCAUUCCGCCCCUUGAGGCAGAAGCCAUGGAUCCCCAGCAGCGGAUGCUGCUUGAGCUGACUUACGAGGCCGUGGAAAACGCGGGCUUGCCCUUAGACAACUUCACUGGGAGCAACACGGCAGUAUACACAGGUAUGACGUGGAACGACUACGCCAUCAGCCUGUUUCGCGAUGUUGAUGCGACGCCGAAGUACAUGUCGACCGGUGCGUGCAGCGCCAUUGCUGCGAACCGUGUCAGCUACUUUUUCGAUCUCCACGGCCCGAGUCUGGUCCUUGAUACAGCAUGCUCGUCGACCAUGUACGCUCUACACCACGCCGUGGCUGCUCUGCAUGCAGGCGAGGCCGAAAUGGCUGUUGUUAACGGGUCCAAUCUUAUACUGAACCCAGACAUAUUUGUUGCCAUGUCCGAGAUGGACUUCCUCAGUCCCACGGGGCGGUGUCGCACCUUUGACGCCGCUGGAGACGGCUACGUGCGUGCUGAGGGCGUCUUAGCCCUUCUCCUCAAGCCUCUGGACAAGGCUCUUCAGGAUGGCGACCCGAUCCGCGCCGUCGUCAGAGGCACCCGCGUCAACCAAGACGGUAGAACUCAGGGAUUGACCCUUCCCAGCUCCGAGGCCCAGAGGGCCAAUAUGCAAGGGCUGUACGCUGAGAGCCGUCUCGACCCGGCGGACGUGCAGUACUUCGAGGCACACGGUACCGGCACGGCCGCUGGUGAUCCAUUGGAGGUGUCCGCCAUAGACGAGGUCUACGGGCGUCCUGCUUCUUCUGAUGAGAGCCAGCGCCCGCAAAAGCUCGUUGUCGGCUCAGUCAAGAGUAACGUCGGCCACCUCGAGGCAGCGGCAGCCCUUGCUGGCCUCGUCAAAACGGUUGAGGCGCUCGAAAGAGGCUUCAUCCCGCCCCAGAUGCACUUUACUACACCUAACCCAAAGAUUGACUUCACCCGCCUCGAGGUGCCCACAAGCUUGAUGCCUUGGCCAAAGACCCGAGAUGGCGUGCGACGGGCUGCUAUCAACAGCUUCGGCUUUGGGGGCUCCAACGGGCAUGCUGUACUCGAACACUAUGACCACAGGGAUGGAGCUGCGAAGGCCGUUUCAUCACCAUCCUAUGACCGCUCUUUUCUAUUUAAGAUCUCAGCGAAUAAUGAUGCAAGCCUUACUGAAGCCUCCAAACGCCUUAUCGACUACAUUGCUCGGCACGACCCAACGCCCAUAGACCUCGCUCACACGCUUCUGGCUCGGCGUUCAACGCACAAGAGAUCCAUCAUGCUAACCGCUUCUUCCACCUGCGAACUCGCACAAAAGCUCGCCGACAACGAUGUCAAUCCGCAGGAAAAAAGCACCGGCAAACCGAAAAGGGUGGCAUUCAUCUUCACUGGCCAAGGCGCGCAAUGUCUCGAUGACGGGCCAAGCUGGAGCGCCAUGGAGGAGCUGAGCAAGCCUAAGCAGACAUCGCGCGUGUACGAAUCAGCCCUGUCGCAGCCGCUUUGCGCCAUCCUCCAGAUUGGUCUCGUUGAAUUGUGGCGGUCCUGGGGCGUUUCGCCAGUCGCCGUUGUGGGACACUCAUCGGGUGAGAUAGGUGCGGCGUACUGCGCUGGCAUCAUGCCCUUGCGUGACUGUGUCAUUGCCGCAUACUACCGCGGCCUAUACCUCGGCAGCGGAGCUUCAGAAAAGCAAAUAGAGACGGAGAGCGCCCCCGAGCUCAAGGGCAGCAUGUGCGCCGUAGGCCUCGGAGAAGAUGCCGCCAAGGACGUCCUCAAGGCAUACCCCGGCCGUCUAGCUCUGGCCGCCGUGAACUCACCCAGCAGUUGCACGUUAUCCGGCGACGAAGACGCCAUCCUGGAAGUUGUCGAAAGUUGCAAGGCCAAUGGGACUUUCUGCCGACAGCUGAGGGUGGACAUGGCGUAUCAUUCCCACCACAUGUUGCCAAAGGCGCCUAAGUAUGAAGCCGCUAUGGUGGCAGCGGGCGUUGGCAACGCUCAUGCAGAUGACGAUCGUGCCCAGGCAACUUCUGGCUGCCGCAUGUUCUCGUCCGUCCGCGGUCGCGAAGUGAUGUCAAGAGACUGUUCGCCUGCCUACUGGAAGGAAAACAUGGUAUCGACUGUGUCUUUUGUCGCUGAUCUCACAGUGCUGAGCCGUCAUGCGGCAAUCGAUGCUCUCGUCGAGCUGGGCCCCCAUCCAGCACUAAAGGGGCCGGUCCAAGACACACUUGCGUCUCUCAGCAUGGGGGAGCUCCCCUACUUCUCCUCCCUCUUGCGCGGCGAGCCCGACUUUCAGGCGCUGUUGUCCUCUGCUGGCUCUAUGGCUUUGUCUGGCUUGGACCUGGACCUCGUUCACAUUAAUGCCUUUGAAUCAGUUGUUCAGGACCAGACCACCGUCAAGGUCAAGGGCGCUACCCCUCCUGUUGCAGUGGCCACGGCGGGAUCUCACUACACCUUCAGCAUCGAGGCUGGAGUGUCAGCUCCCGGCGCAGUUUGGACCAAGUUGUCUUCAGGAUCUAUCACCCACAUGUCUAGCGAAGCAGCAUCGUUACUACCCUCACUGCAUGCUUUCAACCCCGGAAGCAAAGUCCGACAUGACGAGAGAGGCCUUAAGCGCGCCCAAUCCUUUCCAGUGCCGACACUGGAAAGGACGUCAGGUCUUCAAUUCAACUCGACAGAGGCCGCGGCGCUGCUAUCAGACAACCCCCUUGGUGCCUGCAGCCCGUUAGCCCUGGACGCGGUGCUCCGGCUUCCAACACUCAUGCUCCUCGGUGCCCCGCUGCCACCGAGCCAGUACCGAUUGAGAUCGAUCCAAGACAUCGAGGUCAGCACGAGACGCCUCGAAUAUUCAGACUUAGACGGACAUGAAGUCCCUUCCAUUGUCACGAGCAGUGCUCCUAUCAACGGAAUAGCACUCGCUAACGCCAAGAUUCUGGCCAAGGAUGGCGAGACGUUGAUGGACCUCCGCAACGCAGAGUACGUGGCAGUGGCCCCUUUACUGGCAGACCCUGCCCUCGAAUCUUUAUUCUUUCAGCGCAAGAUUCUUCCCGACAUAACGUACGCAGGCAACUCUGACUUGGACUAUGACUCUGGCACAGGCCAAGAAGGCCACGCUUUCUUGAGUCUGACCAGAUUCUUCGAGCUUCUCACGCACAAGUGGCCCAUGUCUGAUCUCGCGAUUGAUGUUGGCAAUGAUGACGGACUUGACUCCGCGGCGUACCACGUCGCAUCGGGCCUUCGGAAACUGAGCUGGUCAACCAACAGGUCACGGUUCAGAUCUCUCACCAUCGUCAACCAGAGCAUUGACGCCUCAGAAAGCGGAACAAGUGUUACCAACAAAUGGCCAAUUGAUAAUCGUCUCAGCGUCAUCCCCUCACUCGAUUCGGAUCCUGACGCCCAGUUCCAUGCCGUUUUUACCCUGUCAGACCGAUACGAAUCCGCCUUGAGUCGCGUGCACCCAUCUGGCUUCAUAUGCUUACUCAAGAAAACCAAGAGUGAAGAAGAUAACCGGCCUGAUAGCCAUGACGGUGCGACACAGUUCACAUGGCCAUCCAAUCUUGAGCCCGUAUAUUCCGUCCAGAGCAAAGAAGGCUGGGAUUGGAUCAUUGGAAGACGCCGAAUUCAGAAGAGCCUGACUGGUUCCGAGACCGAUGCUGCCGAAAGAAGCGAAUCUACCAGCUCUAGGAUUGGGGUUCGGGUCUUUGCGCCAGCCGAGUCACUGCCUCGCAGCUUCAGGCUUGCAGAUUCACAUUUCGAAGUUCAGGAUGUUUCCGCGUUGCGAGACGAGUCGUUGUUCUCCGAACCGUUCGACGCCAUCAUCCUCGACACUGGUGAUAGCUCGAUUCUACUGCGAGACGCCGCAGGCCCAGAUGAGUCUCUCACGUGGACGCAGAGUCUCGUGGGGCACGUACAAACACUGGUUUGGGUGUCUUCGGCGUCCACAGCGCAGCCUUUCAACGGUGUGGAUGGCGCGUUCAUCCGAACUCUCGCCACGGAGAACCCCCGUUUCCGAGGCGUGAGCAUCGCCGUAAGCAAGAACGUGGGGGAUAGUGAGCUGGAAGAUUUGUGCAGUCAGAUUUAUGAGCGCACCAGGGAUGGAGACGCCGAAGUUGAGCUAUACAUACAAGACGGCGCCGUCCAUUGUCUCCGCUACCACCCGGAUGACGAGCUCUCGGCGUCGGUCGACCUGGUCCCCGCAACUCGAAACAGCGCGCCUCAUGGCUUCGAGUACAAAAUCAAUGGCGUCGGUAACGGCCGUGUCGAGAUGAUCACCACUGUUCCAUCGUUACCCAAUACAGCACGGGCCUGUGGCUCUGAACCCCUUGUCAGCGUGUUGGUAGAGGUUUCCCUCGUUGGUGGCGAGGACGUUGCCAAGAUUCAUGGCACCAGUGGCCCGCUCGCUCGCGAGGGACUGGCAGCUUUCUUCAUCGGCAGGACGCUGGAAACAAGUGAUCCAGAUAGACCAUAUGGCAACCGCGUCUUCGGCUGGUGCUCCGGUGCCCACGCUUCUACGGUAUACGUCCACACCAGCCAGAUGAUUCACCUCGCAGACCAUGUAACUGCUGAUGAUGCUCAGCAUGGUAAGAGUAACCUUGGCCUCGUGCGCGCCCUUGGCAGACUGGCGUCACAAGCUACAGCUGCGUGCCUCGUCGCCUUCGAGGGAAGGGUUCGCCAAAACGACAGGAUAAGGGCGAACGAACUGUCGGCCGCCAUCAGGAUCGCCGUGACCAGUGUCGCUGCCAGGAACUCUGCAAUGGUUGUAGACAGCGACUCGGACAACGGCCAUCGGCAAGAGGAGUCAGCUCACGACCUUGAAAUAUCAUAUGACGGGAGCAGCGGCUUUCUAGUCAACGGCCGCCAUGUGCGUCUUGCAUCUGUACUGGAAAGAUAUGCCCUGACCACGGUCCUGGCCGCCAGUGCCCCCCUGGACGCCAAGUCUCUGCCCGAGACUGAGGUCUUUGGCAUUCAAGACUUCGCUGAAGCAUUCGAUUAUGCAGCGAAGAAUCCCCUCUCUACCACCAUACUUCGACACGCUGGUGGGCUCGGAUCCCUCAACACUGCCUGGAUCACACCGAGAACGACUGCCACCACCGACGAAAAGCAGGAAGAAGAGCAGCUCUUCCGAGGCGACGGCGCGUACAUUGUCCUCGGUGGCUUGGGCGGUCUCGGUCGACAUCUUUUACCCUGGAUGGUCAAGAAUGGCGCCAAGCACGUCGUGGCCCUGGGUCGCAAAUCACCGCUCUCAACUGACGGUACGCUCGAACUCACAGAUCGCAUAGCCGGCCUCGGCGGCAGACUAAGCAUCCUUCAGGCCGACGGCAGUCAAACAGACGAGGUCGAGGCCGCGCUCGCUCAGGUUCGCACCGAAUCGCCAAUCAGGGGUAUCAUAAACAUGGCUAUGGUGCUUGCUGAUCGGCCCUUUGCGACCAUGUCCGCGGAGGAGUGGCACCGUUCGAUCCAGGCCAAAGUGCACACCUCGUGGAACCUCCACGGCGCCACGCUUCAAGAUGAUCUCGACAUAUUUGUCCUCUUCUCCUCGGUCGUGUCCAUGACAGGCAACCGCAUGCAGGCUAACUAUGCCGUGGGCAACGCGUUCCAGAACCGUCUCGCCGCCCACCGCCGGUCCCUGGGGCUCACCGGCGUCUCCCUGGCCCUGCCCCCGAUGCACGGCGUCGGCAUUCUUGCCGGUAACGAUGGCCUCCUGGAGUAUUUCGACCAGGCAGGCCUUGCUCCGGCCGGGCCUGACGAGUUGACCUCGCUCAUGAAGGCCGCCGUGUACGAAUCGCGCCGGGCGUCUGGCGCAUCCUUCAUCGGCGCGGGCCUGCAAAUGUUCAACAAGAUCGAUGGCAUCAUCCAAGCCAAACCGACCCAAACGCAAAUGUUCUGGGUUGAGCAGCCCGAAUUCAGCUUUUUGAUGGACCACCAGCGAUCCUCGGGCAACUCCGGCGGCGCGCGAGGCGACGAGCCGCUCCGUGAGAGAGUAACCAAGUCGUUGGACCACGAUAAGGAGGAAGGCGAGGUGACAAAGGCACUCAUCAUGAAGAGCUUCCUUCAAAGCCUUGCAAAUCUUCUCGGCUACACCGUUGAGGCGUUUGAUCCUCGAUCCCCCAUCGCCGCCUACGGCCUGGACUCCCUCAACGCCGUCGCAUGUCGGUACUGGUUCUUCAAAGAGCUGGCCGUCGACGUGCCCGUCUUUGACAUCCUCGGUUGCAGGUCUAUCCUGGAGCUGGUAGCGAGAGUAUUUUCGAAACUCAGGGCUCAAGUUCUUGAUGCCUCGGCGCCAGAGUCUUCGUCAUCUGCCUUUCCGCUGGUCAAGCUUCCCGACCCUCGACGGCUCGAUCCUGAAGCGUCGCGGCCGCUGUCAUACUCACAGCAGCGCCUCUGGUUCCUGCACAACUUCCUCUCGGACAAGACGGCGUACAACCUCCUCCUUGUCUGCCACAUCGACGGCACUGUCAGAUCUGAUCUUCUCCGCAAGACCUGGGAGGUGCUGCUUCAUCGACACGAGGUUCUCAGGACUCGCUUCAUUGACACGCCAAAGGGUCAGCAGCAAGUCGCCGUUGACGCGUCGGAUACUGGCUUCCAGUUCACGACAGUGGAGGUUGAUUCCGCUGCUGAUGACGCGGCAUUUGAUGCCAAGGUGAGGGAACUUGAGAUGGCUGCCCAGUCAUACAACUUUGAUAUAUCUCGGGGUGAAUUAGUCCGUUGUUGGCUCCUCGUGUCACCUUCGUCCUCAGCAACACGCCGUUCCCGGCUUUUCCUCGCGUCUCACCACCUGCCAUGGGACAGAACAUCAACAGCCGUCGUCUUUGACGAGAUCACCACAAUCUAUAAAUCACUACUGCGAGGCGAGGCGCCACAGCAAAAUCUCGAGCCUCCCGCGUUCCAGUUUGCUGACUACGCAUCCUGGCAGCGCCAGUGUAUCGACCAAGACACGUUCCGCGAGCCGCUGGUCGGGUACUGGCAGACGCAGCUCGAGGGAGCCCCAGACGCUGUAUCUCUACUACCACUGGCGCACGCAGACCAGAGGCCGCCAGUGAAGCAGCUCGAGACGGGCACAGCAACCCUUCGUCUUUCGAAAGAAGUCGGCGCCGCCAUCAAGACGUUCUGCGCCGCCCACGCCAUGACCCCCUUCAUGUUUAUGACGGCGGCCGUCGCCGCCCUCUUCCACCGGCUGACCGGCGACGAGGACGUUGUCAUCGGUGUAGCAGACGGCGACCGCGGCCAUUCGGCUUUCGACCGCCUCGUCGGCUUCGCCGUCAACAUGCUGCCCAUCCGCUCCCGCAUGGCGCCCGACAUGCGCUUCCUCGACCACCUCGACAGCUUCCGCGAGGCGUGCCUCGGCGCCUACGCCCACCGAAGCCUCCCAUUUGACUACCUCGUCCACAAGCUCGCCGUCCCACGCAGCACGGCUCACGGCCCCAUUUUCCAGAUCACCGUCAACUAUGUCGUGCACGGCUCCUUUGCAACAGCCGACUUUGGCGACUUCAAGUUUGUCGAGUAUGACCACUUCAACGCACGCUCGCAGUCCGAUGUGGGCCUCGACAUCGAAGAGGCCAUGGAUGGCGCGCUGAACUGCGUCUUCGAGUUCGACACGGCGCUGUACUCGGAAUCAGCAAUCGAGGAGCUGGCCCGCAUGUACGAGAACCUCAUGGUGCACGCCAUGGAGGCCGGCGGCGAGACGGCCCUGCGCGACGUUAGGCUCGCCUCGCGCGAGGAUGACGAGGCCGUGGCCGCUAUCCUUCGACCCCGGUGGGAUGCAGACUUGAUCCAGCUGUGUGAACAGACAUUGUUCCCGCAGCUCUUUGACGAAUCGGUGAAACGCUAUGCGCACAAGAUUGCCGUCGUCGACGAGACGACCAGCUUGACCUACCUCGAACUCGACCAGCGCGUCAAUGCAAUCGCACAUAUACUGAUCACUUCAGGAGCUCAACCUGGCGAAGCAGUCGGCGUCUACAUAGAGUCGGGCGUCGACCUGGCCGUCGCCAUCUACGGCAUCUGGAGAGCAGGGUGCGCCUUCGUAGCCAUUCACGACGUGCCCGAAGAGCGCCUGCGUUCCAUGAUAGAGGACGUCGAUCUGCAAAGAGCCCUCGUUGACGCGACAGGUCGCGAAGGGAGCCGGGCGCACGAGCUGAUCGCCGCUGGCCUCGAGUCCCGCCAUGUCCACAGGAUCGACCAGAUCCAGACCAUCGGGCAGUUCAGCGCGCCGCCUCAAAUCGCGCGACCCGUCAGAGGCGACGAUCCCUUGUGCUGCAUCUUCACGAGCGGCAGCACCGGUCGACCGAAGGGCUUGUUCCUGAGUCACUUGCAGUUGCGCAUGUGGUACCGCGGCUACUAUGAGACAACGGUUGGUAUUUCUGCCGACGCCACGCUCUUGCUGGCCUCGGUGCCGACGUUUGACAUGUCGCUGGUGUCGCUCUUCUCGGCACCGGCGUGUGGAGGUACUCUCGUCGUUGCAUCGCGAGAGGCGCGCUACUCGCCCUCGAGCAUGAUGAACCUCAUCCUCGCCAACGGCGUCACGAGCAUGACCGUGACUCCGUCCCAGCUCGGUGCUUUGCUAGCCGGCGUCGGCAGAAGCAGCAGAGAUCCGAGUUCCUGGCCCCUGCGAAGCUUAGUCCUCGGCGGCGAGGUGGUCCCCGCCAAGGUCGUCCGCGAUUUCUUCGCCCUUGGGCUGCCGUUUGCUCGGCUCUGGAACGGUUAUGGACCCUCGGAGACUGCCCUUUCUGUAUCCCUCAAAGAAAUCACCAAACCGGAGACAGCAUCUCGUCUCGCGCCGCCGCACUUUCCAGCAACUCUCCGCGUCGUCGACGACCGGGGAAGGCCGGCGCCGUUCGGGGUCCCUGGCGAGCUCUACAUCGGCGGCCCUGGGGUGUGCGAAGAGUACGUCAGGCGCCCAGAGAUGACGGCGGCGGCGUUCAUUCCCGACGCCAACGAUGCUGCCGACAACAGCAUCUCGCGUAGAUUGUAUCGGACGGGGGAUCUGUUCAUCGUGCACAGAGACGGGACCUUGUCCGUCAAGGGCAGGAUAGGCGGCGAUCGGCAGGUCAAGAUCCGCGGCAUGCGCACGGAGCUCGGCGAGAUUGAGACGGCCAUUUGGGCCGCCCUCGAAGACAUCCUACCGGCCCUCACGACUGACGACGUUGACCCGGUAGUCGUUACCGCCGUCGCUGUGGUGUACCGGCCACGCGAACAGCUCAUGGCUGCCUACCUCGUGGCGGCGGGUAACACAGUCGAUGACAUGACCAACGAAGAUCAACAGCCGAAGGCCCGCCAGGAACUGGCACGAGCGCUGAGAUUCUCCCUGCGCGCCGUGCUGCCGGUGCACAUGAAUCCCGGUGCGUAUGAGUUCCUCGAGGAGAUGCCGUCCAGCUCGGCGGGCAAGACGGAUUACAAGAGCAUCCUUGCGCUCCCUCCGCCAGUGGCUGAAGCCGCGGCUCACAACUCCUCGAACGACCAGAGCUGGUCUGAACUCUCCGGAAUUCAGCAAGUCCUGGCCGAGAUUUGGAGAGAGGCUCUCGUGUGGGGUGUCACCAGUGUGCCCGUGGCGCCUGUCGAGGAUUUCUUCGCUGUCGGCGGCCACUCGCUGGCCCUCGUCAACGUUCAGAACCUCAUUGAGGACAAGUGGAACGUCUCGGUGGCUCUCGCCGACCUGUUUGCCUGGCCGUCACUUCAGGGCAUGGAAAGGCUGGUCCUCGAUGCCCUGGCAUCGCUGGCCACGUCCUCGACCGAUUCUUCCCCUGCAGACACCACCGCCGCCGGAAGCGACACGGACGUUUCGGCCCCCGAGAGCGAUGCCGGCGAGGAAGCAGUCGACUGGAAGGCGGCAGCCAUCCUUCCCUUUGCCAUCGACAAGACGGUCCGCUACGCGCCGCUUCAUCCUCCUACGGCUAUCAUUCUCACCGGCGCCUCCAGCAUGUUCGGCAUCCAUCUGCUCCACCAUCUGCUCUCGACAACAUCUUUGCAUACCAUCUUCUGCAUCGCCGAGCCCGCCGACAGCCACAGUGCCGCUGUCGUCGGCCUAUCUGCCGCUCUGAAGCGAUACAACCUAGCCGACGGUCUGGGCGAGGACAUGCUCUCCCGUGUCCGCGCCUUCCCAGGCAGCCUCUCGCACCCAACCUUGGGCCUUUCCGAGGACGAGAUUCACUUGCUUGACAGGCAAGCCCACGCCAUCUUCCACCUCGCCUCCGAUGUCUCCCUCCUCGGCAACUUUGACAAGGUGCGCGCCGGCAACCUGGGCCCGGUGCACUUCCUCAUCGGACUCGCCCAGGGCCUGCUUCCCGACGCCGACCAUGGGGUGUCGAACGUCAAGGCGCUGCACUACCUCUCGACCUGGGGUGUGCCGCAUCUCCAGGCAUGGCAUGACACUGACCUGUCCAGCGGCGGCGGCGACGGUGACGGCGACGGUGACGGCACACAGUCAACCAUUCGCCGCUCAGAGGAGGCCAUGACGCACAUGGUGCCCGGCAAGUCAGGUCGCCUCGCGUACCUCAAGUGCCGCUGGGCGGCCGAACUGCUCCUCGAGAGCGCUGCCGUCAAGGGUCUGCCCGUGUCCAUCUUCCGACCCAGCAUGACCGCGCCUGCCAACGCCGCCCUGCCUCGCGACGACAUCAACAGGCGCAUCAUCGAGGCCUCGCUGCAGACGGGCAAGGUGCCCCGCUUCGGCGGAGGCAUGGGAUGGCUCACUGCCGACUUUCUGGCAGCCGCCGUGGCACACCUGGCGUUCCGACAAGAGGGCGGCGUCGCAGCUGGGGCUGGGGCUACGAACAGAAGCAAGAUUUGGCACUUCGUGCCCGAGGAGGGCAGCUUCCACGCCUACGCGAAUCUUGACCGGGUGCUGGAGACUGCACAUGGCGGCGGAGAGCUGCGGGUGGUGGAGCCCCGAGAGUGGUUCGCGACCUUGCGCGCGAGCCGUAAUCCCGAAAUGAUCCUGCAAGCGGCGGUACUCGACGAGUGGUACGCAGCCGGCUGGGUUCCGUUCGAGCUGGACGCCAGGCGGACGCUGGAUCUGCUUGCUGAGGAGGCGCAUCUCAGGCCAAGAACGGUCGACCGCAGGCUCAUCCUGGAUAACGUUGUGGGUCACGAGGGCUUCUAG